ACCACCAACCUGCCCACCACCUUCAGCUGCCCGCUGGUGCCGCUCAUCCCGUCGGUCGGCGUGCUGGUCAACAUCUACCUCAUCACCUCGCUGCCCAUCGAGGCCUUCUACCGGGUGCUCGUCUGGACCGCCAUCGGCCUCGCCAUCUACUUUGGCUACGGCAUCCGCAACUCGGCGCUCCGCUUCCAGCUGGCGGCCGCCAGCGCCGGCUUCAGCGAGCCGGACCACCAGGUCGUCGUGCCGGGCCACGUCGUCGGCGACAUCAAGACCAAGCGCUUCGAUGACGAUGACGGCGCCGUGUCGUCGACCACCACCGAGUACCGGUUCGGUACGGAGGGCUACUCGAUCAACAGCGAUGGCACCACCGCGUCGGCACUCAUUGACGAUCACAGCAAGUUCAACUGA